ACAGGACGAAGAGGAGGAGGAGGAGGAGGAGAGACAUGGCUUCCAUAAAGCGGCUCUACGCUCACCGCCUCUAAUUCCUCGCCACCGCUCAAGUGCCAACCAUCUCUGUUCCCUAAGAAGCUCACCUCUGUUUGCUUGCCUUCAUCGAUCUCCGCGUCCUCCUCCUCUGGACCUUCAUCGUUUGUCCCACGGCGUCGGGGAUGGACCCGUCGGAGCUGAGGCGGGUCUUCCAGAUGUUCGACCGCGACGGGGACGGCCGCAUCACGAAGGCGGAGAUGAGCGGCUCGCUCCAGAACCUGGGCAUCCACGUCCCGGAGGUGGAGCUCGCGGCGAUGAUGGAGCGGAUCGACGCCAACGGCGACGGGUGCGUCGACAUGGAGGAGUUCGGGACGCUCUGCUGCAGCAGCAUGGACGAGCGGGACGAGGAGGAGGACAUGCGCGAGGCGUUCAACGUGUUCGACCGCAACGGGGACGGGUUCAUCACCGUGGAGGAGCUGCGGCUGGUGCUCGCCUCGCUCGGCCUCAAGCAAGGCAGGACCGCGGAGGACUGCAGGAAGAUGAUAAACAAGGUGGACGACAACCGGGAUGGGAUGGUGGACUUCAAGGAGUUUAAGCAAAUGAUGAAGGGGGGAGGAUUCGAAGGCUUGAGUUAGUAGCAUUGGCUGCCGUGGACGGAGAUGGAGAAGCUCUUUGUUACAUAGGGUUGUAGAUACUGA